CGGAAGAAGGGGAGGGGCGGGCAGGAUAAAGACGUGGGGAAGGAAAGAGGGAAGAAGAAGAAAAAGAAGAGGGACAGGGGGGCAAAGAUAAGAGGGGGGGAAAUGGCCAACUCGGUGAAGGCACAUUCGAAGAAAAAAUGGCUGUUGAGUUCCAGAAGACAAAAAUUGAAUUCGAAGUCAAAUUCUUCUACAGGCUGAAAUACAGACACCUUCCCAGUGCCACUGCAAUCGCCCUUCCGGAUGGUCAUAACGACAGAGGGCGCUCGUCAGUCUAUCCUGAGAAAGCAUCGGCUGAUCUCACGGCGGAUGGAUAUGUGCGUCCCAGUGAAGUUGUGGAAGGUGACCUUCGGUUGCAUAAAUCUCCAAGUGAUGGUCAGAGGGUCACUCAGACGAUUAAAGCGAAUACAGCGAGUGAUAAAAGAGGCAAUAAAUGGCGAAUCCAUUCUUCCCAGGACAAUAGAACAGACAACAAUGGACAUCAGUUAAUGCCAAGGAGAAAAAUGUAUAACUCAAACACCAUACACACAUUAGAUCCAGCCUCUUCUAAAAAUGUGGCGAUUUUUCUAAAUUCGUCAAAAGUCGUUGAUAAAAGCAAACUUGACAAGAGAAAAGAAUCCUCUAUUUUGUUACCAGUGAAAGAAAAUCCUCUUUCGAAAGAAAACGAAAAACUAUCCGAAAUGAAUCCUGUCUUUCCAAUGACUUACAAGAGAAAGAAAAGGACAAAUCCCGUCGGAGGAGGAGGAGGAGGGGGCCACUCGUACGAAUUCGGGAGUUUUGGCAUCGACGGAGGCUGUGAUGGUGACAGUUCCUUCUUCUCCAAGGGCAAGAACAUCUCGGGGGCGGACCCGUCGGAUCCCUGGGCUCACAAGGACCUCAGCGCUUAUGGCAUCGGCGGGAAAUUGGGGAGGAUCCACGUGGCUGAGACCACAGUCACUCUCUUCGUCAAAGACAUCAACGACAACCCUCCCGUCUUCCCCAAUGCGACCAUGUUCGGAGAGGUUCAGGAAAAUGGCCCAAUUGACCUGUCCGUGGCCGUCGUGUCUGCCUGGGACGCCGACGACAUCAACGAGGGAACCAACGCCAAGAUCACCUACUCCAUCGAGAAGAACGUCGUCCACGAGAGAUCGGGCGAAGCCAUCUUCAGCGUUCACCCGAAGACGGGCCUCAUCACGACGACCGUCUGCUGCCUCGACCGAGAAACGACCCCUGAAUACCACAUCCAGGUCGUCGCGACCGACGGAGGCGGCCUCAAAGGUACGGGAACUGUAAUCGUCCGUUUGGCUGACGUAAACGACAACGCCCCGAGGCUCUCCAAGAAGAUAUGGGAAGUCGAAGUCAACGAAACGUGGGGAGCCGGCCCUCCGGACAACGCCACUCUGCUUGAGAUCUCAGUCAGCGACCAGGAUACGGCCAAUUACUUCUUUUACAGGGUGGUGGAAGACAGCGGAUGGGGGUGGGCUCACUUCGGCAUCAGAUCCGCUAGGAGUUCGGGUCUUCUCUACGCUCGAAAAACCUUGGAUUUCGAGGACGAUAUGCAACGCAGGGGCUUCAACUUCAUGGUUCAAGUGACAGACAGAGGACGCGGAGGCUGGGUCGACCCGCACCAUUUGGACUCUGCCUGGGUCAAAGUUCGCCUUCGUGACUUAAAUGAUAACCCACCUAAGUUCAUCCGUCAACACGUCCUGGUCACAGUCGGGGAGGAUACCAAACCAGGGACGGUUUUAGCUGCUCUGCCUGCCCACGAUCCUGAUGCGGAAGGCAAACAGACAGUCAAGUAUAAUGUACUUGAUAGCUGGGGCGCUCUGACUAUAGACACUGGUGGCAUCGUCAGUUUACGGAAACCUCUCGAUCGUGAGACGCAAGACGGGGCAGUGGGCACUGCCCUGAUAUUAGCUAUGGACAACGGACAUCCCCCUUUGACCUCAACUGCCACCCUGACCGUCACGGUAACUGACGUUAACGACUGCCCUCCCAGUCUUUUGCCCCCUACGGUUUUCCAUGUCGUCGAGGGCGCCCCUCCGUCUCUCAUUGGCGUCUUAACCGCUACCGAUCCAGACGUGUGGGCCUUGGGACACGGACCUCCAUUUGUGUUUUCCUUGGACCCGUCUAACCAGCCGAUAAUCAAAGCAACUGUUCUUAUCAAAUUCGACCCAAAGCUAGACAGCGGGAGGGGAGGAGCAGAGGUGUGGACGAAAAGCACCCUUGAUCGAGAGCGCCAUAAGGAGCUACUCGUGACUGUCCUUGUGAAGGAUGCUGGAGGCUUAGCAGACACCCAGUUCAUAAAAGUCGUCGUCGAUGAUAUCAAUGACAACCCCAUGAAACCAGGUCGCAAAAUGGUCUACAUGUGGAAGACGCAGAGCGGGAGUUCCGACGCUGCUCUUGGGCGUGUUUACGUUGAUGACCCUGACGACUGGGACCUGAAGGACAAGAGAUUCAGAUGGUCAGGGCAACAGCAUCCUUUGUUUACUUUGAACACCGACGACGGCACCAUCUUCGCCUCCAGCCAGGUUGGGGAAGGAAGAUAUGAACUGCUGUUUGCUGUCGAAGACGUGUACAGAGGACAGCGUGGAGUAUCAGCGAACGUGACAGUGACGGUUCAACUGUUGAACCAACAGUCGCUCGCCCACUCAACGCCAAUAACCCUCACGCCCUUGACACCCGAAAAACUCACUGCCGGAUGGACCCCACAGAAGGGCGGAGGUCGCCUUGGGAGGCUACUCGAAGCUUUUCAAGAAAUUUUGGGGGACGCCCUUUAUUCCGUCGAUGUGCUGAGCAUAUACGACGACACGGCGCAAGGGCCGCCUUCGCAUCCACCCUCUCUCCAUGCGUCAGUUUCGUCGUCACCCGGAUAUGUCCUGUCGUCUCCAAAUCCUUCGUCAGCUUCGGUUCCUGCUCACGAGUCUGCCUCGUCCCGCCCCUCGACUUGUGUUUGGAUCAGCGUGAGAGACGGCCAGGGGAAGUACAUGAACCCUGUCAAGCUGCAAGGAAUAAUUGGUCUUAAUUCUAAGAAGCUGGGAAACGUCAUGAACCUCGCCAUCACGAGCAAAACUCCAAUAAACGUUCAAUAUGAAAACAACGUAUCCCCAACAAAAGCGGGAGGGCCGUUCUUGGAUGUCGAGUUCUCUUCCUCUCCUUCUUCGUCUUCUUUGGUCGAUCCCUUGGACCCUUCUUCGGCCGCCUCCAGAGCGUCGACAAGACCACCUCUCCAGGUUGUAGACACAAAUUCGACGUCCAUCGUCACUCCCCGUCUGACACGGACCACUCGUUGUCAGGUCCAGGAACCGGAGACGUGUACAGCAGCCUCUUGUCUAAACGGAGGGAGGUGUAUUGGAACGUCUCAUGGAAACAGGUGCAUAUGUCCAAGCGGCUCCUGGGGCUACCAGUGCAAAAUACUCUCACGGACCUUCGACGGGUCGGGCUUCGCAUGGUUGCGGCCUCUUCCUCCGUGCGUUCCAACCACGAUCUCUCUUCGGGUCCUGACCAGGAAGGAGGAGGCCCUUCUCCUGUACGCUGGGCCGCUUGUAGCAAGCAACCUGAGGGGGACCAUCUCAGCGCCUCAGCCAUUACUGGCCCUGCAGGUAUUCGGAGGGAGAGUGGAGGUCGUCCUCGAGGGAGGAUCGGAGGCGCUGAAAUUGAUGGUUGACAGAAGAGUGAAUGAUGGACACUGGCACGUGAUUCACGUCAGACUUGACGACGAGGGAGCCUCACUUAUGGUAGAUCUGUGCGAAGGACAAAAACCGAGCAACCACGACGGCAACACGGACUGCGUGACAAGAGCGUCGUGGAGACACCCUAAAGAUGCCGAGUCGUGGUUCAACUCUGCUCCCGUGCAGCUCGGAGGCUUAGCUCAAACUCCAUCUAUCUCCAACGACCAGGGAAGGAGGGACGCAAGGAUAUCUCGCCAUCUAGAUGGCUGUCUGUCCCACCUGGUUAUAAAUGGUCAGUUGAUGGAUAUGGGAGAACCUGCCCUGAGCAAAGGCAGUCAAGCCGGAUGUUCGCUGCAGGACUCAUCCUGCGCUGAAGGCUGUGGAGUUCGAGGCUCCUGUGUUGGCGGCCUCAACCAGCCAGAAUGUCAUUGUGAUCCCGGAUGGUCAGGUUCAAAAUGCUCCACACCUACGAUGCCGAUUAGUUUCGGCUCGAAGUCUUAUAUGAAGACCCUGGUGCCUGCUGCUUCUUCGCAGUCAAGAACACUCAAGGUCCAGCUGAGAAUUAAAGCCCAUGGGAGAGUGUCAGGGAUGAUACUGAAGUUCCAGUCUCAGCAGACUAAUAAGACCUUAUCGCUUCGGCUUAAGAAUGGAGUAACUUGUGCGUCGGUGACUCAUCACAAGAGAGCGCUGAGCUCAGUGUGUGUGGAAGGAAGGCCAGUUGGUGAUGGCCUGUGGCACACUAUCAGGGCAGAGUGCCAAGGUUACAAUAUGAUAAUGAGCAUUGAUGAUGGAGAUGGACAGAGGGAGAACAGCUCACUCCCUUAUCUUUUGCGACAUCAGACAGAAAGUGAACAAGUUCUGUCAAGCGAGGAAUCGAGGAUUCCACAGUUGCCUUUGGAAGCACACGAAGGCAACAGCAUUACCUUGGGGGGAAUACCAGAGUUCGUUGGUAUGGAACUCAUCGGUAUAUAUGACGACCUGAAUGACACAUGUCUAGACGACCUCCGCAUAUCAGGGCAGCUGGUGGCCUUGUCUCCCAACUUGAAUAACACAUCUUGGGGUCAAGCGGCCACUUUUGAAAGGGUUAAAAUAGGGUGUAACGCCCCUGACCACUGCUCAAACUUCACCUGCACUGCCCCUCUCUCCUGCUACAACAACUGGGCCAGACCAACUUGCAGUUGCGGCCAAGGGCUUCACCUUGUGGGAGGCCGUUGCGAGGACAUAGACGAGUGCGCCUGGCAGCCCUGUCUGAAUGGCGGGACGUGUUAUAACGUGCGACCGGGGUUCUUGUGCGUCUGCGGUCCUACCUACGCCGGGAAACAUUGCCAGUGGAACAGUGACAGUAACGCUGUCCAUCCGCUUGCAAGCACAGCUGCAAUUGCUGCUGUGACCUUUUCACUCUUAUUUCUUGUUGUCGUGGGGGUGGUGGUCUCUCUGCGAUUGAGACGCCAUUACUUCAACAGACACACGAGCGAAGGAGAGAAGUGUUCCCCAGACAGCAAGGUCAGUGACGUCAGCAGUCAGGAAGCGACAGUCAUCGAGGUCAAAGGAGGGACUGAAGAAGGGGGAGGGGGCUUGGUAGGGGGAGGAGGAGGAGGAGGAGAAGGGGACGCGACCCAAGAGAGGAAGGAAAGCUCUCCGGAGGUGAUUUUGGAAAGUGUCAAGUUGCCCCAUAUUCUACCUUCUGUGAACGACAAAGAAAAAUCGUACAGUUCGCUCGCCAAGAGCCGGCCGACAAGCAAAUCCUCUUUAGAGGCGACUGCAGCCAUACUGGAAGGUCGAGGUCCCAUCACUGAAGACAUUCUCACGACCCAAGAUGACCUGAGGGCUUACGCUUACGAGGGGGACGGGUCGUCAGCCGGGUCUCUCACCUCUGCUCUUUCAGGACUGAGGGUUGAGCAGUCCGAAGAAGGCAGCAUCCAGCCACUGGCCCCUGCUUUUCUGGACGUGAUGGACCUCUUAAAGAAUCUACACGAAGCGCCAAAUAAAUUCUCUGCGUCUUCUCCCCUCCGUCAGAAAGGAGGCACUGUAUCAGCCAUUGGCCUCAAACCUGCAUCCGUCGGCGAGAAGUUGCCAGAAAGCACUUAUCAGAUAAGUGUCAAGGAUAAAAAGUUAUCGCCGGCGCCUCUUUCGAAGGCUUCCAGAUCGGAAGGCGACGCUGAGGAGAUAUCAACAGUGUGCUGACCGCUAGCAGAGGGCGUCUGAGAGAUGUGGAUUGGAUUUGUGGAGAGAAUAAAAUCGCUGUGAUCUUCCAGUGUAAUCCAUGCUUCUUCUUUUCUCCUUUUUGCCAGUUGAUGAUGAUGUUGAUUCCACAUACUGUCACACGUACAUGCAUACAUAAAUGAAUUGCCACAUGCAUUAGCGUUGUACACUAACACACACACACACGUGCACACACACACAGAUAUAUAUAUAUAUAUAUAUAUAUAUA